AUGACCACCAAGGUGGUUAUCUUUUUUCAUACACUUGAGGCGCCAAACGUUCAACUGCAAUACGCACAAGAAGCUUUCAAACAUUUUGCUAAAGCCAGUGGAACUCAUUCAUCAGAGAUUUGGGAUCGAAGAAAGAACCCGGCACCUUACCGUGAUGAUUUUCUCCAAGAACUGAUAUUCGGCAAAGCUUACUCUCGAUGCACUCUAGAGGUAAGAGAGCGGCAUGCGAACACUCUGGUGACCGAGUUGUUGUUUAUUCUUAUCGAUUUGUUACCCUGGCUUUCACACCUGGCUAUCGAUGCCUCGGUUCAUCAAACAGUUGAUCAGAUACAAGCCCUCAAGGCCCUGGGGGUCUCUCAUCUACCGCUGAGACGCAUUGAGGUCAAAGGAGCUCUCUACACAGGAUGGCUCUCAUCACAAAUCAUCAUCCACUCAUCGUAUCUCCAGCAUUUAAGCUUAUAUCAUGGGACGUCGCUGCCCGAGAUGCUGCAUCUCCACACCCUCCAUCUCCGGAAGUUUCGAAUGAGUAUCGAGCAACCCAAAUCCAUGAUUUCUUCCUGUAUUGGUCAACUAGGAACCUUUACGUACGAGACUUCGGAGAUAGUCGCCCGCCACAUCGAUCAAAACUCCUCCUUCAUGAUACAAGCUCAUGAUGCUAUUCAGGCUCUUGAAACACAUAAUAAAAGCCUCGAGUCGCUCCAUCUUGACCUCCGUAUCCGGACUCACGUGAGUCGGGAUACAAAGAUUGGGCCAAAGCCAGUUCUGAAAUACUUCACAGCGUUACAGAAACUCUUUAUCAACACUGACGCAGUAUACAACACCCAAAGCUUUGAGUCACAGUUGUCCAAUGACGUGCCACUCACCCAAUUUCUCCCUCCCAACAUUGUGUCUCUUCAUCUCGUGGAACUUGACAUCCCCUCCUCUUCUGAACGUUUAUAG